AUUCGUCACAAGUUGCGCAAUCCGAACAUGGCACGCAUUCAGCUAGAAAGGUCUGGAGAUCCUGAUGCCCUCGGAAGGCAGGAGCGCGUCGUCCAGCGCCUGCUCAACCGGUUCCAGGCCACCAAGUACAACGGCAACAACUACUUCAUCGGCAAGCUGUACCUCAUGGAUUGGGUGGAUGUCCCAGAGAACAUCCUGGCCCUUGAUUUCGGAUGUGAUUCAAGACGUGCUGGUGUUUUGGAAGUUGAUUAGGGCUUGUCUUUAUGUUGGAUGAAGAGGAAUCUGACUUGGGGGAAUCUGACUCGGGAACAUCACCUGCGAAUCUCACGUGGGAAUCUGACCUGGGAAUCUGACUUGGGAUUCUGACCUGGGAAUGUGACGUGGGAAUCUGACAUGGGAAUCUGACUUGGGAAUUUGACAUGGGAAUCUGACCUGGGAAUCGGACCUGUGAAUCUGUCUCGGGUAUGUAACUUGGGAAUCUGGCUUGGGAAUCGGACUAGGGAAUCUGACUCAGGAACCUGACAUGGGUGUCUGACUCCGGAAUCUGACUCAGUAAUUUGUCUCGGGGCAUCUGACUUGGGAAUUUGGCUUGGGAAUCUGAGCUGGGAAUCUGACUUGGGAAUCUGACUGGGGAAUCUCACUUGGGAAUCUGACUCGAGAACCCGACUUCUGAAUCUGACACGGGAAUCUGACUUGGGAAUCUAACGUGGGAAUCUGACCUGGGAAUCUUACUUGGGAAUCGAACUAGGGAAUCUGACAUGGGAAUCUGACUUGGGAAUCUGAACUGGGAAUCUGAACUGGGAAUCUGACUUGGAAAACUGACCUGGGAAACGGACGUGUGAGUCUCUCGGGUAUGUGACUCGGGAAUCUGACUUGGUUAUCUGACUGGGGAAUCUGAUUUGGGAAUCUGACCUGGGAAUCGGACCUGUGAAUCCGUCUCGGGUAUGUGACUCUGGAGUCUGACUCGGAAAUCUGACUUGGGAACCAGAGUCGGGAAUCAGACUUGGGAAUCUGACUUGGGAGAGUGACUUCGGAAUCUGACAUGGGAAUCUGACUUGGGAAUCGGACCUGUGAAUCUGUCUUGGGAAUUUGACUCAGGAAUCGGACUUGGGAAUCUGACUUCGGAAUCUGACAUGGG